AUGGCUUCCCUAGCCUUCCCGUCUCUCGCCCGGAAGGCAACUCUAUCUGAUGGCACAACAUAUGGUUAUGUCGCUCACCCUUCGACCAGAGGGGAUGGAAUUACCUUCCUGCUCAUCCAUGGCUACCCCAGCUCCUGCUACGACUGGCGGCAUCAGAUCAAGUCACUGUCAGCCGCAGGAUAUGGCGUGAUCGCGCCUGACUUGCUAGGCUAUGGCGACACAGACAAACCUACUGAUCCGGCUUCUUAUCGCCUGAAGUCUAUGUCUCUCCAUAUGGCCGAGAUCUUAGACAUCGAAAAAGUCGACCGUUGUCUGGCCGUGGGCCACGAUUGGGGCAGCGGGUUACUUUCACGUGUCGUUUCGUACAUACCCGACCGCUUGAUGGGUGUUGUGUUCAUGUCGGUCGGGUAUUCGAGACCUGGUAUGGUCUGGGAUAUGGAUAAAAUCAACGCAUAUUUCAAGUCACUCAUUGGGUAUGAACCGUUUGGGUAUUGGCCGUGGCAUAAUACCGAGGAGGCAGUCAACGAUUGCGACGAUCAUCCGGAAUCAGUUUUCACACUCGUCUAUCCAGCUAAUCCAGAUGACUGGAAAGUUACUUUUGCGCCUCUGGGCGCUGCGGCAGCGUACGUCAAAGCAGGUAAAACUGACCCAUAUCCUUCCUGGUAUACACCUGAAGAGUAUUCGGUCAGAAAGCAAAUAUUUGCCCAGGGAUAUCGGGGGCCCUUGAACUGGUACAAGGCCGCAAUUCGCGGUGUCAACGCGGCGGAUGAAGCUGAAAUUGCGGACGGACGUUGUCAUCUGCCCACUCUCCUUGUUGUAAGUCAGAAGGACCAUGUCUCGAGAGCAGAUAUGGGCAUUGCCGGUACCAAGGAACUGGCGGCAGAUCUGCGGGUGAAAAGCUUUGAAGAGUGCGGGCAUUGGAUCCAACUGGAGCGACCGAAUGAGAUAAGCGCCGCGCUGGAAGAGUUUGCGCAGGAGCUACUUGGUAAGACUGAUAUUGAGGUCAAGAGCAAUUGA